AUGUCACGUUCUCGCGAGAUGAGACUUGCAUGUCAGGGUUUUAGCUGGCUGACCGGAGCCGAGGAGCUGGACAUUUAAGCAGCGAUCUGGGACUGCUGGCUGUGUUAAGAAAAUUGGGGCCUGUCCCGCGAGAAUGGAGACUAGUUCGGGAUGGCACUGAUUACCCAUGAUGCUCAGGGCUGUGGGCAUGUAGCCUCCAGCUAAUUCUGGCCAGCCCCUCCCCCUUCCUAAUCCAAGAUGGCGGUCCAGGAAUCAGAUGCUCAGCUCUCAAUGGCUCUGAAGGUUCAGGAGUACCCAACUUUAAAGGUACCAUAUGAAACGCUAAACAAGCGCUUUCGGGCUGCCCAGAAGAACAUCGACAGAGAAACGAGCCACGUCACCAUGGUUGUGGCUGAACUAGAGAAGACGUUGAGCAGCUGCUCCGCCGUGGACAGUGUUGUUAGUCUGCUUGAUGGCGUUGUUGAAAAAUUAAGUGUUCUUAAGAGAAAGGCGGUGGAAUCCAUCCAGGCAGAGGACGAGAGCGCCAAACUGUGCAAACGGCGGAUCGAACACCUGAAGGAGCACAGCAGUGACCAAGUGGCGGCCAUCAAUAUGUGGAAAAAGAAGCGUAUGGACCGCAUGAUGGUGGAACAUCUCCUGCGCUGUGGCUACUACAACACGGCUGUGAAACUAGCCCGGCAAAGUGACAUUGAGGACUUAGUGAAUAUUGAAAUGUUUCUGACUGCCAAGGAAGUGGAAGAGUCUCUGGAAAGGCAAGAAACCAUGACUUGCCUGGCCUGGUGCCACGAUAACAAAUCAAGGCUUAGGAAAAUGAAGAGCUGUCUGGAAUUCAGUUUGAGGAUCCAAGAGUUUAUUGAACUGAUUCGACUGAAUAAGAGGCUGGAUGCCGUUCGACACGCAAGAAAGCAUUUCAGCCAGGCAGAGGGGAGCCAACUAGAUGAAGUUCGCCAGGUGAUGGGGAUGUUGGCCUUUCCCUCCGACACCCACAUCUCUCCUUACAAGGAUCUUCUGGACCCGGCACGGUGGCGAAUGCUUAUCCAGCAGUUCCGUUAUGAUAACUACAGGCUGCAUCAGUUGGGGAAUAACUCUGUUUUUACUAUAACCCUUCAGGCAGGCCUCUCGGCCAUUAAAACACCACAGUGCUACAAAGAGGAUGGAACGUCAAAGAAUCCAGACUGCCCCGUGUGCGCCAAAUCUCUAAAUAAAUUAGCACAGCCCCUGCCUAUGGCUCACUGCGCCAACUCCCGGCUGGUCUGUAAGAUUUCAGGAGAUGUCAUGAAUGAGAACAACCCUCCCAUGAUGCUCCCAAAUGGAUAUGUGUAUGGCUACAAUUCUCUGCUUUCUAUUCGCCAAGACGACAAAGUCGUUUGCCCCAGAACCAAAGAGGUCUUCAACUUCUCCCAAGCUGAGAAAGUCUACAUCAUGUAGAUGUGGGAACCCCCUCGUGCCUCUCGACCUCGCCCCGGAGCAUACCCAGAGUGCUCGGCAGAAACGCACAACGGGCGGCACCAGCGACUGUUACGUGGUUGCAUUUAUACUUUCUUGCGACCAAAGAUUAACGAGCAACAACAACAGUACCUGCGUCAAGGAAACGUCCACUUCCAAAUGCAAAAAAAAAAGAGAAACAUUUGUACUUGAAAUUUACAGUUUUGAUUGUGAGAGUUUUGUAACGACUGACGCUCCUGAAAAGUUCUCCUUUAUGAAUUCAGCCUUUUUAACACUUAUUUGCUCUCGGGACUUGCAAUGCUUGGCCCGUUCCUCAAGUUUGAGGUUCUAGGGUUCUACUUUUUAUUUUGUAGAGAUCUUGGGAUCAUAUUAUUAGUGCUAACGCCUUAUAUUUUGCUUUGAGAAUGUAUUCACAACUAAAUCAAAACGUAUUCUUCCACGUCGGACCUACAGUUCCCUGCGAUGGCUUUGACAGAGCUUUGCCGACAUUCGAAAUAACUGCACAUAAGCAACAGCCGCGGUCCUGAUCCGGUAUCUCUGGAUUGCAACGUUUUCAACCAACAGCCGCAAAGGAAGUUUUAGUCUUUGUAACCUUAAGGAAACCUUGCUGUAGAAAUUUGUAUUUAGUGCUUAUUUUUGCAUGUUGGUGUUCAACUAAUAAAAUAUUGUUCAUUUAA